AUGCUGGUGCGAGUUAUUGACACUUAUUCGUUGGAUGGUAUCGUUGUUGUCAUUCUCUUAGUGAUCUGCUCGUGCGCCUAUCUGAAACGUGUGCCUCGAAUAAGUACUUGGUUGUUAUCUGAGAAGAAAGGAUUCCUGGGAGUGUUUUACAAAGCAUCUGUCAUCGGCAUACGACUACAUUCGUUUGUAUCUACUGCCUGUUUCUUAGCUGCUGUCUACACCUUAUUCAUAAGAUAG